AUGUCAUGUGAUGCUGCUGUGACGACGCAAAACUCCUCUUUUAGCUCAGAAGAGGAAGUGGAGGAUAAUGACAUCAGGCACUCCUACAUCUCACCCGAAUUAUCUCUGCAUAAGGCACCCAAGGGCCACAGCAAAGACAAUUUGCCAAAAUUUGCAUAUCGGAGUGAUGUAAACAUUCCUGAAAAUGAAGUAGAUCUUAAGCCAUCCAGAAGCAAAAGCUCUUUACUUCAAAAUGAGAUGAAUGAAAUGGAAAAGUUUCUUUUGAGCCAAAGAAAGGAAAGCAAAGAAAUUGGAGGAAUGAAUGGUGGUUCAUCAUCUAUUCAUACAUGUGCCCAAGGAGUAAAGUUUACAGGUAUUGCAGAUGAGGAUGACUGGGAUUUAUCAUCUCUGGAAGAUGAAAAACCUUUGAAAGAUGAGAAAAAUAAGAAUGUACGUGCUGUUGAAAAGAAUGAUCGAUGUGCGAUGUCAAUGACCCAUGAAUGGGGAAAACCAAUAAAGGAUGAAGGACAUCCAGAUGCAGAUAUCUCAAGCUCACGGAAAAGCAGUUUGGUCACUGUUACAGAUUGGAGUGACUCUUCAGAUAUUUGAUUGUGCAAGGAGGUUUAAUCUGAUUUCUGUCCUUUUUUUCUUAUGGUGCACUAACAAGGAACUUUUCUUUACAAAACUGUGUCCAAAGUUUUACCUUUUAUCAAAUGCGAGCUUUUAAUUACUUUCAGCUAGUU